AUGCUCACCAACCAUCCCCCAAAUUCGCCUCUUAACCAACCACAGUCACUCCUUUAUCAUUUUCCCCUAUUUACACCAUCUUCUCCUGCUCCCUCAGCAGUGAUAAGGCGAUUUCUCACGCAUUUUUGGAGCGGACCUCUCGCAUUUCAAGGGCUGGAUUUCCCUCAUUCCUGGCUUUCCAAUGAGCCCUCAUUUGUCCGAUUUGGCCCAGUAGUUGUGGAGAUAUGGAGGUUUUGUGUUUUGGAGAGGUUGUGGAGUAGAAUGCUUAUCCUGGGAGAUCUAGAGCGUGUCCCCUCUCGCUUUUUUGGCCAUACAGCAUCCCUCAGUGGCUCUUGCCAUCGCGCCAUUCAUCCCAUUGAUCAGACCAGUCCUUGGGUCUCAACUGCCUACCCCCUCCUCAUACCCCCUACGCACUUUUGCCUCUCUCACCAGUCAUCCCUCUAUCGGAUCCCUAUCAUCCCUAUACUCAUUCUGGAGCUCUUUGCCAGGGCUAUCCAUCCAUCCCCAUUGCGUCCCUGA